CAAAGACAAGCUGUCAAACGAAUCGUAACAAGAUGUCCGGAAUCUUCACGUAUCACAAUUUCUCGUUGCAGGAUACGCCGUCUCUGGAGGGACAGGUGGCGGUGGUGACAGGUGGCCAAGCCGGUAUUGGAAAAGAAAUCACCGCACAGCUGCUUCUCCACGGAAUCGAAAAGGUUUUCGUCGUCGCUAGGAGCAAAGAGAAGUUCAAUAUCGCCUACGACGAAUGGAGAGUCAGAAAGGGAAUUGAGCUUGCGCAGGAUGAUGAUCGAGUCGUCUUCAUCAAGUGCGAUCUCGGUGAUAUUGAAGAUGUCUACGCUGCUGCACAAAUAAUUAAGCAGCAGACAGAGCACAUCCAUAUCCUGAUCUGCAAUGCCGGCCUCGGUAUCCAACCGAUGGCCCCCCUGGACACUUAUGGCAUAGACCCAAUCUUCACAACAAACUGCAUCGGCCACCAAAUCCUGACAACCCUCCUUCUCCCACUCGUCAAACGCGGCACUUCAUCCGCACCCCACGGCUCCAGGAUAGUCGUCUCCUCCUCCAGCCUGCAUCAACUAUGCCGAAGCCUCGACCUAACCAGUCUAACCCGCCCAACAAACAAAUGGCCCGCCAUCCACGAUGCCGUCUGGCGCUACGGCCGCUCCAAAUUAGCCAAUAUCCUUUUUACAAAGGAACUCACCCGCCGUCUUGCCGAAGACGAAGACCCCACUGCGAAGAAGGUAUAUGUCAAUUCGUAUUUCCCAGGGAAUGUGGUAACGCAGCAGUGGCAGGGGUGGAGUGAGCAUUUGGGGAGGUUAAUCGGAACUGUGAUUCGCUUGCUGGGGAGGAUCUUUGGGCAAAGUGUUGAACAAGCUGCGGCGACGGCGGUGUAUUUGGCUUCGAGUUCGGAGGUUAGUGAGCGGAACUUGAGGGGUGGAUAUUAUGUGCCUAUUGCAAAGGUGGAGGAGCCAACAUGGUUGGGGAGGGAUGGGGAGCUUGGGAGGAAGUUGUGGAAUUGGAUUGAUGAUCGGGUUGCGCAGACGCUGGGUGUGAACUGGCAGAGUGGGAAAUGACGUGAACUUCCUCUAAUUGCGUUUUAGGUUUUGGAUUUCACAAUUCUCUCUUUGCCCCGUGGUAUCAUUCUGAUAUCUGUUAUGAGCAACUUUAGAGGAUUCGUUCGGUGGAAACCCUGCCUAUAGUAUAUGAGUGGAGGGUAACUUGAAGGGAACCUAGAUGAAUCCUGGUUGUAUAUCAAAACAGCGUAUAUUUCAAAAUAUUAAGAUCCGGACUUCGAUUUAAGAACAU